AAAAACUAAGGGCUGAUGGACCAGUACUACAUCCUGGGCCGCAUCGGGGAGGGCUCCCACGGCGUCAUCUUCAAGGCCAAGCACAUAGAGACUGGCGAGAUCGUUCCCCUCAAGAAGGUGGCCCUGCGGCGGCUAGAGGAUGGCAUCCCCAACCAGGCCCUGCGGGAGAUCAAGGCUUUGCAGGAAAUUGAGGAUAAUCAGUAUGUGGUGCAGCUGAAGGCCGUGUUCCCGCAUGGUGCAGGCUUUGUACUGGCCUUCGAGUUCAUGCUGUCAGACCUGGAAGAGGUGGUGCAUGCCCAGAGGCUGCUGGCUCCAGCACAGGUCAAGAGCUACCUGCAAAUGCUACUCAAGGGUGUGGCCUUCUGCCAUGCCAACAACAUUGUGCAUCGGGAUCUGAAAACUGCCAAUCUGCUCAUCAAUGCUUCAGGCCAGUUCAAGAUAGCAGACUUUGGUCUGGCCUGGAUCUUUUCUCCUGAUGGCAGCCGCCUCUACACACACCAGGUGGCUACCAGGUGGUACCGAGCCCCUGAGCUCCUGUAUGGUGCCCGCCAAUAUGACCAGGGCGUUGACCUAUGGGCUGUGGGCUGCAUCAUGGGGGAGUUAUUGAAUAGGUCCCCUCUUUUCCCCGGAGAGAACGACAUUGAACAGCUUUGCUGUGUGCUUCGCAUCUUGGGCACCCCUAGCCCUCAAGUCUGGCCAGAGAUCACAGAGCUGCCAGACUACAACAAGAUCUCCUUUAAGGAACAGGCGCCAGUGCCCCUGGAGGAGGUCCUGUCAGACGCCUCUCUUCAGGCCUUGGACCUGCUGGGUCAGUUCCUCCUCUACCCUCCUUUCCAGCACAUUGCAGCCUCCCAGGCUCUCCUGCAUCAAUACUUCUUCACAGCUCCCCUUCCUGUCCACCCAUUUGAGCUGCCAAUUCCCCAGCACCCAGGGGGGCCUGCUCCUAAGGCCCACCUGGGACCUCCUCAUGUCCAUGACUUCCAUGUUGACCGGCCUCUUGAGGAGUCGCUGUUGGAUCCAGAACUGAUUCAGCCCUUUAUCCCAGAGGGGUGAGACGCUGGCACAAGUCCUGCCUAUCCCCCAGAAGUACCUGGGCUGCUUGUUUGUCCGCCUUCUGCCUGAUUCCACCUUCCCGGGCCUUCCCAGGGCCACACUGGACACUCUCCACACUAGCCUUUCUCCCACUGUGGCCUGCUCCUUAACCUCCAUGACGGGGGUUCCGGGGUUCCAAGGAGGCAAAGGUCACGUUUCAGCCAAGGCAAUGAGGAUGUCUAGCCAAGCAGAGGAGGAGACCAUGGCCUCCAUUAUGCUGCAUACUGUCCAGGAGCCACCCAUGCAGUGGCACUGCCUCCUCCAGGACAUUCCUAUUAGAAGCAUCUGGGAAGUGCAGAGAGAAAGGUAUCUUCAUGUUAGGAACCUGAGUGGGCAGGUAGGUUUGUUUUGGUUCUCAGAGACAGUGAGCAUUCUUAAUUCAGGAUUUAAGAUUUACAUAAAAGCCCCAAAUGACUUUGCCUAUGUCUCAACCUCCUCUGUUUCUACUAAGGGAGAUGGUAGAAGUGACAGUGUCUCCUGGCCCUCACCUGAAAGGUGACUGCAAGCACAGCUGCUUUUGCCCUGAGGGCUUCCUGUGGCUUCAUGUGACUGAGUGCUUAUUUGGAAAUGAGGUAGAGGGAAGUCUAGGUCCAGGGAUGGGCAGGUUGGGGAUUCAGCAGCAAAGUCUUCGCCUGUUAGGAUGUUACUAAGGAUGAGGGUGAACCAAAGCAGCAGUGCAAGUAAGGAAACCUGGCAGAC